AUGUUUGCGUUCUCAUCGGCGGACGGUAAUGACGAACAAAGGAGUCACUACGGAGUACAGACUACAGAAGAGCUUUCUUCCUUACAUAGGAGAGCAUGUGAACAAUACGACCAGUCAAAGACAAUGAGGAAAAUACCUGGAAAGAGAUGUAGGAAGAAUAAAAGUAACCUCGGACCGGCGGCAUGUAUCGGUGCUGGCAUGGCGUUGACCAUGAGCUUGAACUCGAAAACUGUUGAGCUGAUGAGGACUCUGCCAAGUUCGUCACGGAAAUUUUUUUGUGGACCAAAACUUUCCGGCCAGAAAAGAGAAACCGACUUGGCAAACAAUUUCGCAACGCAGCUUGAUCAUAGAGCUUUCUCCGCAAUUUCGCACCUGGCCCAGAUGCAAAUAGGCAAGGGUGAAUCUCUUCCCAUCAUCCUGCGCGGAUCCUCUUCGGGCUUGCAGCGGGGACCAGCGGAAGGCUGCCGAGGGUGGUCACUCAGCGCUGUGCUUGGGCAAUCUGGUUUUGUCACCCUGCAUUGUAACCUUUCCUAUCGGUAA